AUGAUUCAACUAACCGACUAUUGGAAUUUGAUUGCCAAUGACGACGCCAAUGAGGCGAUUCGCGCGAUUUUGACGAUUCCCGACAAAAAUUCGACGGACAUUGAUGUGAACGGCACGAUCGUUUUCAAUGAUCGCCACGUUUUUCGGGCCGUCAACGGCCAACUCGAUUGCGACCGAGCGCCGACGGCGGCGAUGAAAGUGAUCUGCCGACAAAUUCAGGGAUGGGAUCAGAAGGCGAGAGCUACUCCCGCGUUGGCCGGCGAUGUGAAACCGCCGGGAAUCGCCGGCAAAUCGAUGGCCGCCGAAUUUUCGCCGAUCGCCACCAACGUGUUCCAGUGUAUGGACAUCGCGUGCCUCUGUGUGUUCUUUCGAGGAACCGGCGGAAACGCGUGCGUCGUUCAAGGCAAGCCGCUUCGAAAAGCGAUUCGGAAAGAGUACCGAAUGUUGAGCGACGACGAGCGUCGACGCCUUCACGCCGCCUUCAGGACCAUCAAAGAAAACGGCGAGUACGAUCGUCUUGCUCGAGUGCACGCUCAAUACGCCGAUUCGGGCGCCGCCCAUUCGGGCCCCGCGUUUCUGCCGUGGCAUCGCGAGUUCAUCAAGCGAAUGGAGUUCAUGUUGCGACAAGUCGAUCCGACGAUCCAUUUGCCCUAUUGGGACUCGACGCUCGAUGAGAAUCUUCCCGACUCGAAGGACUCGUUGAUGUGGACCAACGAGUUUAUGGGCGAAAUUCAGGCGGGAAAUUUGAAUUCGGGACCAUUUCGCAGUUGGAAAACCAUCGAGAAUCGUGCGGCGAUUCGUCGCGCCGUCGGCGCCGAAGCGAAACUCUACACGGAGGACGAGCUCAACUUCACGCUCAACACCGACGACAUCGCGCAAGUGCUCGCGUUCACCGCCCCGCAACGCGGUUGUCCGUUUCGGCCGAAUUUCAACGUGGCCGAGUACACGCACGGCAACGUGCAUCUCUACGUCGGCGGCGAUAUGCACGAGACGAUCACGUCGGCCAACGAUCCGAUCUUCUGGCUUCAUCACGCGUUCGUCGAUUACCAAUGGGAGGCGUUUCGGCAGCGGCGGCAGACGCGCGCGCAACGCGAGACCGCCUAUCCGGCCGACAACAAGUUGUGCAGCAGCGAGCACCAUUUUCGCGGCGCCUUCAUGAAGCCGUUCGUCCCGCUGCGAAACGUCGACGGCCUCAGCAACAUGUACACCGACAACCUCUACACGUACGCGCCUCGUCCAACAUGCCAAAUGGGUCCCGAUUGCGGAUCGCCAUAUUUGUUUUGCGAUCGCUCGCACGGUUCGCCGCCGAAAUGUGCGGCCCGCAUGAAAGCCGACGCCAAUUGCGCCAUGUUCACCAAUGGCGAGCCGAUGUGCUACAAGGGCACGUGUCAGCGUGGACGGUGUGUGGCGUCGCCAACCGCCACACCGCCGCCAUCGAUUGCACCAACGCGGCCCGUUGUCGUCGUUGAGACGUCGUGCUUCAAUGAGAACGAGUGUUGCGCGCCGUGGGCGACACUCGGCGAAUGUCGAAAGAAUCCCGUGUACAUGAAUGUGUGGUGUAAGGCGUCGUGCGAGCAGUGCCGACCCAACUACGACAUCAAUGACGAAUGCCUCGAUCGCCAUCAAAAUUGCGCCAGUUGGUCGACGCAGGGCGAAUGUCGCCGAAAUCCGUUGUGGAUGUCGGAGAAUUGCCGAAAAUCGUGCGGCAAAUGCGGCGUGUCGCGCGCUUCUUCUUGUGGCGUCGCCGACGCGCCGUCACGUCCGACGCCGAUACAACAACAGGCGGCGGUGGCGGCGUCGUCGUGCAACUCGCCGAUGUGCUACAACGAGAAUCAGUGUUGUCCGAUAUGGGCGGAACGUGGGCAGUGUCAGGCGAAUGCGGCCUUCAUGCAAUGCCAGUGUAAAGUGAGUUGCGGCGUGUGUCGGCCACCCUAUCAAUACGGAGCCUGCUCCGAUUAUCAUCCCGAUUGCGGCUCGUGGGCGCGACGAGGCGAAUGCAAUAAAAACAAGUGGAUGCCGGAAAAUUGUCGACGUUCAUGCAACACCUGCACAACGCGACAGCAGCUCGCCGCAAUGUGCUUGACAAGGCUUGCUCGCGACACAUUCCUUGAUGUUAUUACUAUGCGCAAAUAA